AUGAAUAGUAAUUACCUUAGACUUGCCCUAGACUUUGCCCUUGUGGGUGGAACCACAAAUGCAAAGGCUGACACUAUUCACGUGGAGAGACAGAAACCCGAUGGCAAGGAAGGAAGAAAGGAAGCUCUAACUAUGACAAAGGAGUCCAAUUAUGAUCUAGUUGAGAUCAUUCUUACUGCUGCUAGAGAGUGGGUGCAUGCUUCUUUUGCUUAUGUUAAGGGUGCUUAUAAAGUUCAGGUUUUUCUCUCUUGGGAACUCCCUCAUGUUGGCCAAUUUACAUUGAAUAGGGAUGGCUCUAGAAGUACUUAUGGCUGCAUUGGUGUUGGAGGUGUUAUUAGGAACUCGAAGGGAGAUUGGGUGAGUGGCUUCUCUGUUAAUUUAGGGAAAUGCCAAAUUCUUGAAGCUGAAGUCUAG